GGAUCUGGAGAAUCAGAUGCACAUUGCUGAGCAGAGGCGACGCACGCUGCUGAAGGAUUUCCACGACACCUGAAGCUCUGCAGCGAUUGCAAAGAACCAGCAUCUCCCUCCUUACUUUCUCCCUUGCCUCUCCCACCUUUGCCUCCUUCUAUGACCAUCCCUUGGUGCAGUGAUACAGACCCCUACUUCUGCUUCUCUACAUUUGCUCAUUUGCUUCUUUCUUUCUUUCCCCCCUCUCGCUCCCAUAAUGCUGCAGGGUCACAGAAUGGCACGAUUGAAUCUCUCCUUCUGUUUCUCAUCCUCACCUCAUUUAUUUGUUUUGACUUCAGGACAUCACAGUCACUGUGGUUACACUUGUUGCAACUUUUCAGAUCUGAUCAAUUGAUCAUAAUGGUCAAAUUAUGAGUUGUGGUGUGUCGGAAAACAGUGGGUAGACACUGACAUGAGCAGUCACAAGCAACAUGUUGCCUGUGUAAGUAGUCAGCUGUUUUCUCCAACAUUAUCCCAGCGAUGCUGGAAUAAUCAUUAGAGUAAAACUGCUAAGGAUGGAGCAGGUUUUGUUAUUAAGCAGAUGUGGGAAAUGGAAUACAUUUUUCUUUAAGGAGACUGCACUGAUUGUGGAUCUGUAGUUGGUGGUUUCACAUAAAACAUAAUGACUAGCUGGCUCUUGCAUGUGCAAGAGUACCUGUCGCGCCUGCUGAAUUGGCCUGAACACAUGCAAAGUUGAUAUUCUGAACUUUCCACACAUUUGCAUUCACCCCUCCUAAACUGCAAUAUGUUAAUUGAAAUAAAUGGAUAAGAAACUGCUUAUAGGAAAGAUGAUUGAGUAGUGGAAGGUUUUAUGGAAAAGGUUGUUUGUUUACUUCAAGUAUUGCAAAAUCUCAAAACUGCGCCAGCUAGUGGAGUGUGAUACUUUUAGAUUAACCAUGUCGCUGACGCUGACCUGGCUCUGUUUUGAACAAACAUUAUUAUCAACUUGGACAGAUGAAUAUUUGGGGGCAACAAAAUACAGUUUUUCCCUAUGUGUGAUGCAUGUUCAUGUACACAAAAUACAAAAGAAUAAGAUGAAUGUGUUUAGAUGACAACUUUUUUAGAUUUGUCAUUAUUUAACUAUAAACGCAGCCCCUUUGUCCCCUUUUUUGUUGCUUUGUGUUAGUACCAAAACUGACCUGCCAUAGCCACUACUGGCAGCAAAAUAACGGAGUCAUUAUGGCCGAAGUAACACUACUGAAUUACUCAGUCAAAUCUUUCUCUUUACAUUCUCAUACUGGUUGCUUGAUUGUGGUCAGCUAUUGUAGAUCCAAACCAGUGUGUGCCAGACCUUUAUUAUUAAAAGCUAGCAUUUGUACCCCUACUGAUCAGAUGAUACAGUUGUUUUGAAGCACCAAGUGUAAUCUCAGCCAUUCACGCACACUACAGCACCACCCAUUGACAUCGCAUGCACACAUCAACACACACGCUCAAACACUCCGCUUUAGAAAAUUAACUGUUAAUUUGCCUGCUUACCCCAUCUUGUGCUUUUUUCUUUUUUUCUUUACCUUCAUCCCCUCACUUUAAUUUGCUCUUUAUUUUCUCUUUUCUCCCUGCUCACAUUGUUUGCAUUUCUUCUGGAAAAUGGCUGUUGACAGAUUCUUUAAAAAAAAAUGAAAAAAGAAAAACAUUAAAAAAAAAUUGUUGUAAUUUUCAACGGUUGUACAUUAAUACAGAAAUAGUUACUGAGAGUUUUUAAAACCAGACCCUGUCUCGUGUGUUUAUUACACACACAUAUGCACCUACAUAAACAGAAGAUCAAACCCUUUAAACCGAGUUGUUCUUAAAUUUCAAUGAGAAGAGUCAAAUAAAAGCAAUAUAUUUC